AUGGCUUGUGCUGCAAGUGAAGGUCAUUUGCCAGUCUUGCAGUGGUUGCACGCCAACCGCUCGGAGGAAUGCCGAACUGAAGACAUGCUGCUAGCUGCUAAGAAUGGUCAUCAUGACGUCGUGCGUUGGCUGCAUGAACACACUGGAGUCGUGACGGACAGGGCAGUCGCUGAAGCUGCUCGAAAUGGACACUUCGAUGUGGUACAAUGGCUGUGUACCCACACCACUGUUGAAUCGACUGAUGGCGCCAUGUCUAAUGCUGCGUACUCGGAGCAUAUCGACAUCGUUCUGUGGCUGCACGAAAAUCGCUCGGAACGCUACUCGACGAUGGUGAUGGAUGCAGCUUCCCUCCGGGGAAACUUGACAAUGCUGAAAUGGCUCCGCGCCAACCGACCGAACGAAGGAUACUCAACCCUCGGCAUUUCGUUGCUCUCCAAGCUUUAG